AUCGAACCAAGUAGGCGUCAGUUCGCUCUUGUCUUUUAGACGUAAGAAAUCUUUUGAUCAAGCGCGAUAUACGAGAGUUAACAUUCUUUAAACAGGAGAACCAUUACUUAUUACAUUCCUUUAUAACGUGAAUUUUAAGUCUGUAAAGUGUAACGAUGGCACCAAUUGCUGAUCAAAAGUUCAUGUAUGAUCUGCUUGUUAUUGGUGGUGGAUCAGGAGGUUUGGCAGCUGCCAAAGAAGCAGUGAAUCUAGGUGCAAAAGUUGCAGUUCUUGAUUUUGUCACACCAUCUCCAAGAGGUACUACUUGGGGUUUGGGUGGUACUUGUGUAAAUGUUGGUUGUAUACCAAAAAAGUUGAUGCAUCAAGCUGCUUUAUUAGGAGAAGCAAUACAUGAAUCAGCAGCUUAUGGUUGGCAAAUACCAGAUCCAAAAACUAUUAAGAUUGAUUGGCAAGCAUUAACAACAGCAGUACAAAAUCAUAUAAAAUCUGUGAACUGGGUCACACGAGUAGAGCUUAGAACAAAAAAAGUCGAAUAUUUCAAUGCUCUUGGUUAUUUUAAAGACCAACAUACAGUAUGCGGGAAAAUGAAAAAUGGAGAAGAAAAAUUGUUUACAGCAAAGAAUAUUUUGAUUGCUGUAGGUGGUAGGCCAAGAUAUCCUAAUAUUCCUGGUGCUUUAGAAUAUGGUAUAAGCAGCGAUGAUAUCUUUAGUUUAGGGGAAGCUCCAGGGAAAACUCUUGUUGUUGGUGCUGGAUAUAUUGGUUUGGAGUGUGCUGGAUUCUUGAAUAGUAUGGGUUACGAUGCAACUGUAAUGGUACGUUCAAUUGUUUUACGUGGAUUUGAUCAGCAAAUGGCAAAUACUGUUGCUGAGGAAAUGGAGAAACGUGGUGUACACUUUAUUUAUGAAGCUAAACCAUCAAAAAUUGAAAAGCAAAGCGAUGGUCGGCUUCUUGUACAUUGGGUAGAUAAAGAUAGACAAACACAUCAAGAUAUUUUCGAUACCGUUCUCUUCGCUAUAGGUCGCAAACCACUUACAGAAGAAUUAAAACCAGAAAACAUCGGUCUUAAACUUGUACCCGAAACUGCAAAAAUAGACGCAAUAGAUGAACAAACGAAUAUUCCAAAUGUAUAUGCUGUUGGUGAUGUGCUUCAUAAAAAACCAGAAUUAACCCCUGUUGCCAUACAUGCGGGUCGAUUAUUAGCGAGAAGGUUAUUCGGAAACUCAACGGAACAAAUGGAUUACGUGAAUGUUGCAACAACAAUAUUCAGUCCUUUAGAAUAUGGUUGUGUUGGUCUUAGCGAAGAAGCAGCGAUUGCUAUUCAUGGAGAAGACAAAAUAGAAAUUUAUCAUGCAUAUUACAAACCAACGGAAUUCUUUAUACCACAAAAAGAUGUUUCUAAUUGCUACUUAAAGGUAGUUGCAUUUAGAAAUGGCGAUCAGAGAGUGCUUGGUAUGCAUUUCAUUGGUCCUAAUGCCGGUGAAGUGAUUCAAGGUUUUGCUGCUGCUAUAAAGUGUAAUUUAACAUUUCCAAAACUAAAAGAUACCGUUGGAAUUCAUCCAACAGUGGCAGAAGAAUUUACACGUAUAUCAGUAACUAAACGUUCUGGGCUUGAUCCUAAGCCACAAAGUUGUUGCAGUUAAACAUAUAUGAUAUUAAACUUGUUACAUUGCUAAUAUUUGUGAAUAUUUCGAAGUAUGAUCGACGUUAAACGUUUUUCAUGCUUAUAACAUUGGCUCCAGAAUUAAUUUUCUGAGCGGAAUUCCUUUAAACUGGAAAUAUUUUUUACUGAGUGCAAGUAGGAGAGCAUUCAUAGGAUAUUAUAUUUUCGACAUGAAAUUAUAGAGCACCGUCCCGUAUGGAAAACUUGAUUCCUUUGGAGCAUUAGAAAUUAAUGCAAAUAUAGUUUAUAUUAUUAUAUUUAUAGUGACUUUUAUAAAUAUAGUUUUUUCAAAUAUCAGUAUAUUAUUCUGUAUACAUUCGAAGGAAAGUAAAUAAAUAUGAAAAUAUA